CGCGCGCUGCCCUGCCCCUGCCUCUGUUGCUAAGUAACGUCUGCAUGGUCUGCAGGUGUCUGCUGCAGCGUUUGCUAGCGGCAUCAACAACAGCAGGGGUAAAAGGCUUCGCGUACGUUGUUCGGGUGGAACAGGAGGAUGAAUGAAGGCUCGGAGUUCUCCCUGAACAUCGCUCAGAUCGUCCAGCGGCUCAGAGGCAGCAACUUACACUCUCAGAUAGAGAGACAAGCCAAAGACUGUUUACAUCGACCUGACAUAAAACUAGAGUCUCUCAAAGAGGAUGUCCGCAACUUUCUAAGAAUAUCAGGUUGGGAGAAAAAGCUUCAGAAUGCAGUCUACAGAGAACUGCAUAUCCAGCUGCCUCCGAACCAUCCCAGAGCUCCACCAGAGCAUCUCAAAGAGCCGCUGGCCUACAUGCGUAAGGCUCAGGCCAGCUGGGAGAAACGAGUUCUCAAAAGCCUGAACAGCAUGAGCACGGAGCUCGAAGUGCCUCUAGCUCGCAAGAGGCCUGCAGCGGAGCAGACGGAGCUCACCAACAAGUGGAACGAGAUGGGCACGGACGAACCAGAUUUAAGUCGAUUCAGGCCCGUUUAUGCCCCUAAAGACUUUCUUGAGGUUCUGAUCAAUCUGAGGAACCCAAACCGUGACAGCUGCGAGGACGUGAGCGCCUGGAGCCACUGGGGUCUCGUCCAGGUUCCCCUCAGCGUCCGGGACAUCCCACAGCUGAGAAAGGCCUACUCAGAGCUCAGCUUAAACUUGGGGCAGCUGGGGAUUGACGAUGUAGCAAACAUCCAUCCAGACCUGUUUGAAAACAGCUACGUACAGAUCGGGGAAAAAGUUGUUAUGGAGCAGGACAGUGCUGCGGCUCAGCAGUACAGCAGGCGGGGCUGUCCCACUGGACUGAGGGCGGACCUGUGGGCCCUCAUCCUCAACUCCAUGAACCAGCCGCAGGACGAGAUGCAUUACGAACAGCUAAAGGCUGGAGUCAUACAACAUGACCUGCUGGUUGAUAACCUCAUCUAUAAGGAUGUGAAGCUCACCGCCAGUAACGAUGACUACUACUUUGUGUUUGAAGAUUUCCUCUAUCAGGUCUUGCUGUGUUUCUCCAGAGACACAGCUGUCCUGGAGCACUUCAAGUACAACAGCGCCACUCCUCCCAAAUCCUUCAUCCACGUGGGCGAGGAGGAGCACGUUGUCGUUUAUCCUCCCAACGGUGUCAUCCCUUUUCAUGGCUUUUCCAUGUACGUGGCUCCCUUGUGUUUCUUGUACAACGAGCCGUCCACCCUGUACAACAUCUUCCGGGAAAUGUACAUCCGCUACUUCUUCAGGCUGCACUCCAUCUCAUCUUCUACUUCGGGUAUAGUGUCCCUGUGUCUUCAGUUUGAGCGGCUGCUCCAGACGCACCUGCCUCAGCUCUUCUACCACCUUCGACAGAUCGGAGCUCAGCCCUUACGUAUAGCUUUUAAGUGGAUGGUGCGGGCCUUCUCCGGUUACCUUUCCACUGAUCAGCUGCUGCUGCUUUGGGAUCGGAUCCUCGGUUACGAUUCGCUGGAGGUGGUUGCAGUUCUUGCAGCUGCUGUGUUUGCAUUCCGUGCUGAGAACCUGAUGGAGGUGACGUCACUGGCUUCAGCUGAGGCCGUCCUUGCAGACCUUUCAACUCUGAAGGUCAUGCCGCUGAUCCAGAUCUUUCUUUUUGCCACUGCCAUCUGAACACCUGGCGCCGCCGUCUCUUAGCUACAAACAGCACGACUCAUCAGUCACCGGUGAACAGGAGGACGGGAAGAAAAACAGCUCACUUCACCUGCUUUGAACAAGAGCCACCUUUUGCAUGCACGCACUAAAAAUAGUAAAGCCCCUUUACGAUGCUAUUAGAUAUCAUACAGUAUGUAAGUAACUCCUGGUGGGGCCUCAUUAAGCCAUAAGGUAAGGCGAACCCAGCAGCAGUGCUCAGAUCAGCCAACUGCACGCAGCAGUGAUUGCGCUGCAGCAGGAAGCGACCACAGCAACGCCUUCAAGAUUGGCUACUGAAGUGCUAAUUAGCUCCUUCGGUGCAUUCAGCUCCUGCUUGUUGUUACGCCGUUAGAUCACGCUGUUGCAGCGGAAUGAUUUGAUGCGCUAGUUUACUUCUGCAUGUUGAGAUAAACUGUGAAAUUGUACUUCUGGCUGCUGCAGCUAAUUGUGUUAGCAGUGCUGAGAAAAACGUAUUUGCCGCCUCACAGUUUUUGUUGCACUUGAAUGUUUUUCAGGAAACAGAAUUUAACUUUCAAGAUAUACUGAGUGAAUUCAGAAUGAAGUUUAUAAAAUCUGAUGUUAAUUAUCGAGUUAAUAAAAUGCGUUUUAAACUCACAGGGUUUGAUGUGAAAUGGUAAAUAACCUCAAAACCUACUAAUUAGUUGUAACACCCCUGGUGGCAGCAAAGGGCGAUUUUCAUUUUAUACCCAUUUUUCCUUUUAGAAUUGUUUUAUUAAGCUACAUCAGACAGUUUUCCAGCAUUAACAACAUGUUUAAGGUCAAAGGUCAGUCAUUUUCCUUCAGGAUUUUCUGGUGAAGGUCCUAAAGCAGCAAAACAGCCCCACACCAUCACACUGCCACCACCAUGCAUGACUCUUGCGCUGAUGGUUUUAUUUAUUUAUUUAUUUUUAAAUAAGUAAAUUUUUCAUCACUGACAGUUUUUUUCCCACAACAUUAUUAUUAUUUUUUGUUGUUGUUCAGUGUGAUAUGAAUCACUAGGCCUGUUUCCACAACUGGAACAGCCGGACCUUCCUGGCAUGCGCAUGCAUCUUUCAUCGGGCAAAUAGGUUUUUUUUUUGGACCAUUUCAGGAACCAAUGGAGGAACUGGGGUAUGGACUUGGAAAUGGCCAGGUGGAGCCGCUGAUGAGGAUGUUGGUGUUCUAUAUUUUAUUGAACAACAGGACACAUUGUUGAAAUCUUUUAACCGGCUUCUUACUGUCAGACAAGUUUUAUUUAAAUGUUUUGUUAGUUCUACAGGUCUGGUGGUCACUCGGCUUUGCCAAAAAUGUCUUGCAUCACAAAUUCAUUCAUGAUUUAACACAGAGGGUGGUUUCUUUGGUUGGUCUGUGUGUUUUUUCCUUGUAGUCCUAGUUUUACAUUUACUCAGGUUGUGUUUGAUACUAAAUAUAUAAAUAUCUGACACAUUUAGACAAGUAUCUUUUAAGGGGGCAAAUACUUUUUCACAGCACUGCAUAAAUCAUUACAUAAUGUACAUGGAUGUUUAGCAUCGUCAGUGCCCAUGUUUAUGUGAUUGAUGUAAUCUGUUUGCAGUGUAUGCACAUCAGAUGUAGCAUCAAACACUUUUAUAAUAAAAUAAGUGAUCUUU